UGGGUUCUAUUCUUUCAUUAGCGUGCACUAUCAGCCAGCCAAUAGUAGUACCUGGUUCGUCGAAUAGUAGUAGCCCAGCAUCCGCAGCGACAACCUUCACACUUGUGCGGACCGAGCAGCAUAAUCAUCAUCAUGAAACUGGAAAUUUGUCUUCUCGCGGCCUGCGUCACCCUCAGCCUAGCGGCUCCGCAGAGGUCCGAUGCUGAGGCCGAAAUACUGAAGCAAGAUAACAACAUCGAUCCGGACGGCCAGUACGAGUACAGUUACGAAACGGCCAACGGUAUCCGAGGUCAGGAAACGGGAACCCUCAAGCGUGCGAGCAGCCCCGAUACCAGUGAUGUAAUCGUGGCGGUCGGUUCUAUCAGCUACACCGCUCCUGACGGUACCGUCGUGGAUCUGAGCUACACUGCCGACGACGAGAAUGGAUUCCAGCCGUCCGGUGCGCACCUUCCAACGCCACCACCGAUCCCACCCCAGAUCCAGAAGGCACUCGAAUAUCUCGCCAGCCUACCACCCGCGCCUCAAUGAUUCCACAUCCAACGCAUCUGUCGCAUCCUGCGUCAUCAUCAAGGCUUCGCUCGAUGAACCCAAUGGAUCAACGCCACUUCGCUGCCAGUGACCAGAGGAAGGCUCAAAAGUAGAAGAAGAAAAAGAGGAGAGUCUAUGUUUAAGUGUAUUUGCAUUUGCAGCAAACGCUCGCGUAAUAAAGCUCGCACCUAAAAACAA